AUGCCGAAAUCCAACAAAAUCCGCCACAUCGUCAGAAUCCAGCAGAUGCUCAAGCAAUGGCGGAGGAAGGCCCGAGCCAACGCCUCCUCGGCUUCCUCCUUCUCGAACUCGUCGCCGUCGAGAGCCGCCGCGGCGACGUCCCUGCCGGGCACCUGGCCGUCUGGGGCGAGCUGCCGGAGAUUCGUCGUCCGGGCGACUCACAUCAACCAUCCGAUCUUUAGGCGCAUCCUGGCGCAUGCCGAGGAGGAGUUCGGUUUCGCCAACGCCGGCCCGCUGCGGAUCCCCUGCGAGGAGAUGGAGUUCGAGGAGAUUUUGAAAUUGGUGUCGAGAUCCGAUUCGAUCAGGAGGUUUUUGCAUCUGGAGGAGAUUCAGUGGUGCGCUCACUCCUGUGUUGUUCGGAGGAACAGCAACAGCGUGGAGUUCGUCGGAGACUCGAGGCCUUUGUUCCGUGGUUGA